AUGGAGGACGACAAGGACGAUACCUUCUGGGACGAUGACGGGGUCGACGAUUCCGCGUACGAUGCGCUGGUUGAGCUGGAGCAGGAUGCAUACCGAACCACGCAGCAGGAGACUAUAGACGAGCAGCAGCAGCAGCAGCAGCAACUGCAACUGCAACAACAGCAAGCGGCAGCAUCGCGACCUGUCCGGCCUUCACUACUCCGUCAUUCUACUAGCAAUACCUCGAGUAGCACUGUCGAGCAGAGGAGGAGACGGCGGAACCCUGCUCAGCAUCUCCGGCCGGCGCUGAGCUUUGGUGAUACGGACUAUCAGCAGUGGGAUGCCAGCAUACUCGAUAAGGAAGAUGGACUGGACCUGGUUGAUGAACAGGAUGCUUUACUGGAAACUCCGGGAGAGUCUGGCGAAGGAGACAGCCGGCAGCUGGGCUAUACCCGUGCCUCUCUUGCGCCGGGGCAAUGGCGUCGAAUUACGGCGGAUGAGCCUGGUAUGAUGGUAGAACCUAUGCAAACGGACGGGCUGGCGGGAGGCCAUGCGGAUACCCGGUUCAAUGCCAAUCCACUUGAGUCUGUGCAGAUUGAGGAGCUGAAAGACCAGAUUGAACAGCUGACCCGGGAUCGAGAAAGGCUUGCUCAAGAAUUGGCAGCAGCAACAGCUUCAGAGGAAGCACGAGCUGGCGAGAUUGCCAUUAUACGAGCUAACCAGGUAAAGCUCGAAAAGAACCACAGCCGCCAAAUAUCUGCACUGAAAAGUACCAUGGAUGAGGAGACCAGAAAACACCGAGCAGAGUUCGAAGCUGCGCUGAUGGAUAGCAAGCGGCUCGUUGCUGAAAACGGAUUUCUUAAACAUGAUUUGCAGGAAGCGGCAUACCGAGCUUCCAAACUGCAGCAUAGCUUCCGCAGCAAGCCCAAGGAUGAUAAGCCACACCCUGCAACUCCAAAGAAGAGCAAGUCUCUACCUCUCAGGGAUGGGUUUGACGAUGACGAGCUCCUGGCGGCGUCCCCUUCAAAGUCUGCCGGAAGGAGGUCUAAACGUGGAACGCCAAUGACGUCGAACAAGCGGAAGCGUGUAGUUGAUGAUUCCCCAAUACCUGUUGCACUUGAGCUGAGCCGGGCUCUCGAGGGUAAUGCUGACGAUAGUGGGAAAGGUGAUACUCCUGGAGAAGAAAAAGAAGAGGCUGCUGAAGAGCGUCCUCAGCAGCAGCAGCCCAAACGAGAAGACCGUAAUAUGCGGUUUAUGCGGCUUAUCCUUAAUCAUCGGACAUAUCCUAGAACAGCUCCUGAUGUGGAAGUGCUUGCGAGCAUGUCUUUCCCAUCCGACCCGGACCGCAAGCUGUCAUCGAUUCUCAUACAAUCGAUUACCGCGCACAGCAGCAGCAACUAUGCGGUGGACUAUACCAAGGCCAUAGCUUCGUUAUGGUCUCGUGCACUGAAGGAACACUUCCACAGCCCGAUUGGCAUGUUCAUGUCAAUAGUGAAAUUCAUACUUCACCUGGAUCUCCAUAAACUGGCUCCAUCCGUCAUUGAGCCUGUUGUGCCGGUGCUACAGAACUCUGGAUACAUAAACGGCGUGCCUCGAUUCACCAGUUCUCCAGUAUCGCAUGAAAACAUGGGUAAAAUCCAGAAGACACCUCAGAGGAAGCUGGAUCACCGCGUCAGCUCAACAGAAGCUCUCGAGAUACUCUACCUAAUCGUCAGCGGAUGUCAGCAAAACAAAGAAGCACUAGAGCUUUUCUGGCGCUGCGUGGGAUCCGACUUUAUCCUCAUCAUGCUGAAUUCCUACCAGCAGCUCAACGAUAUCAUUCUGACGUUGAAGAUUCUAGCCUGCGGCCAGUUAGCCAAUACUUUUGGACCGAUCUGCGACUCGGAGUCCCAGCAGCUCGAGCAUGAAAAGUACAUCAUUGACAGGGCAGCUAACCUGCUUAGCGAGCUGCCAUCUUCCGACGAGGGCGAGAAACCGUACACGGGGUGGGAAAUCACCACUCUGCGUGUUGAAGUGAUGCUGUUCCUGAACGAGAUUGCCUUCUCAGCACCGGAUCCAGAACAUAACCGCAUUGGUAGAAUGAUUGCCUCCCACCCGAGUGCUCUAGCCCGUGCCUUUCGAUCCAUGCACGACGAGCUUGAUGCUAUGUAUUCGAACCCUCCAGAGCGGGACUUGCAUGCCACCGUGGUCAAUGGCCUGACUCGUUUGGUGUAUGGAAUUAUCAAGCUGUUUCCGGACCAGGUCGACCUACCUUCACGACUCCGUGCUGUUCCGGGAGCUGUUCAAAAGCAUCUUGUUGUCCUGACCCGUCUAGCAUUCAGUGAAGGGCUGUUGCUGGAAGCCGGAAUAUCCGAUGAGACUGUGGAGAUGGCACAUGAGAUGCUAGAGGAGGCCAUCAACCCGCAAGAGGCGGAGGCCCUGGUAGAGGCAUUCCGAUCAAGCAGGGUAGAUGAAUGA